UAAAUCCUGACUAUUGCACGCGCGUUUAUGCACACACACACACACACACACACACACACUCUCUGAGGAGAAUAAAGCUGAACAGUUUGAGUGUUUGUCACACACACACACACGGAUUCGGAAUCCUCGGCAUUUUAUUUGUUUUAGAAAGUUUAAAAGUUGGGAUAUUUCACUUUGAAGUCACCGACUGGAAUUUUGGGACAGGACUUGAAAGUGUGUGUGUGUGUGUGUGUGUGUGUCUGUUUUAACUCCACCAAUUAUACGGUCUUGGUUGGAACAGUGUGUCUCUCAUUGAAAUGGACAGUGAGGUCUUAUGAGCUCACAUUCUGAAGGUUCUGGGAAGUGAAAGUGUGGUGAAGAGCUGACCGGAGGAAGACACUUCGGCUGAAUCAGCAGGCUAGUCGUGUUGUGUUGUUGCCAUGCCGAUCCUGAAGCAGCUGGCGUCGGGUUCAUCCGGGUCGAAUCGCCGCUCUUAUGCUGACCUGACGGUGGAGAUGAUUAGCGCACCUCUCGCCGAUUUCCGCCACACCAUGCACAUCGGGCGUGGCGGAGAUGCCUUCGGAGACACGUCCUUCCUCAGUAUUCCGCACCAAUCGUCCGGUCAGGUCCAAAAGAAUGGCUUCCUGCCGCUCAGGUUCAGAGGCAGCAAACGCUCACAGUCCGAGAGGAACUCCAGUGCUAUGAGCUACAUGCUCCCAGCUAACAAUGCUGUCUCUCUUCCUCAUGUGAGAGAAGAUCAGGACGUGAAACUCUGCCUUCCACAGAGCGCCUCCUUAAAUUUUACAGAAAUGAAGAGAAAACCUGUAGUGGUGUCUGGGUGGAGCUUAGAGGGAGAGGAGCAGUGUCUCAGAGAGCCGAGUCCCAUGUUCACACCACCCUCUAGUGGAGGAAUGAAACAUGCAGAGUCCAUGCUGUCCUUCCACAUCGACCUCGGGCCCUCCAUGCUCAGAGACGUCCUCGGCGUCAUGGACCGGACCGAGCGGGACCGGCAGGACCUCACGGACACUCCGAGGCAGGGCAGGAAGGACCCGUGCCCCAUCAAGAGCCCGACAUACAGCGUUAACAUCAACGACAAAGACUUUCUAUUCAUGGAUGAGGAUGAGGAUGAGAUCAGGGUUUAAAGAAGACUUCAUCAAUGCUUAACACAUCAGGACAGAGCCCAGUAACAAACUGGACGUUUCUGUUAUUAAGAGAAAUAGCUGAAGUGUAUGAGAGCAUACACAUAUACACAUACACACACACACAUAUACACACACACACAUACAGACACACACACACACACACACAUAUACACACACACAUACAGACACACACACACACACAUACACAUAUAUACACAGACACACACACACACACAUACACACACAUACACAGACACACACACAGACACACAUAUACACACACAUACACACACACAUACACAGACACACACACAUACACAGUUUUAAUUGGUGGUGCUAAGAUUUAAAAGUUCAGUGCCAAAACAUUGUUUACAUUAUUCCUAAAAACUGGACACUAGGUGACGGGUCAGUGUUCUGAACCCACCAGGACCUCAGACCGGACCGCGGUGUCAUUGAACUGAAGUGUGUUCAGUGUGAGAGUGUGAGCGGUUAAUGUGAGGAGUUUCAGACAGGAUGCAGAAGAGUGUUAAAGCUUAAACAGAUGGAUGACCAGAGACACUCUUUAACUGUGGACACAUCACACACACAGGACAGGGGUUAGAGUACGAUGGAGAUUGGUGAUUAUUAUUCAGGUCAGAUAAUCAAAUGAUUAGAAACUAAAACGUAAUGAUUUAGAGUUCUACAGCAUGAUCAGAGAUUUAAAUCAGAAAUACUUUAAACAUUAUAAACUAAUAAAAACAUUAGGGAUACAUGAUCAGGAUAAAAUAAUAAUUUAGCUUUAAACUUUAUCAAUGUUCCUAUCCUUCUGUAAAGCUGCUUUGAGACAAGGUCCAGUUUUAAAAGCUCUAUAGAAAUAAACUGAAUUGAACUGAAUUGUGUGUUAGUGCCACAUCACACUCCCCACCUCAUCCCUGUCUGCUGUCAGAAAGAGUUUAUUUCUCCUAAAUGCAGGCAAAUUCUUCUGCUCGCAUUUCUCUUUUAGGCUUUUAGUUUAGGGGUCAGAGAGUGUGGUCAGUUAUGAUAUGCCCCCUGAAGCAGAGGGGAUUAGGGGCCUUGCCCAAGGGCUCAACAGAAGCAUUACAGAGGUAGAGGAACCUUCAGCUCUGACCAGCACUGUGUCCACUGAUUAUAAUAAGCUGUAUUUAUCAGGGAAACAUUAGCACUGGAUUUCAGGGCAUGGAUGUGGAUAACGAAACUGGUGAGGUGAAUUAUGGGAAAUUUAGAAUAUUUUACAGAACAUUGUUAGCAUGUUUAUGCUAAGUGUUUGUUUGACGUUCAUGACGUGACAGCUUAAGAGGUUGUUUUGGGAAAUGCGACAGAAAAUAUCUUUAAUUUAAUGUAGCAUAGUGCUAAUGUACUUUAACCUGAAGGGUGUCUGGGGUACACUAAUGAAUCUAGGGUGAUGUUUGUGUUUGUUGUUGUUUUGUUUUGUUUUUGCACAGCAGCAGUGUGAGGAUGGAAAUGAACACUAUGUGUAACAUGUUUAUGAGGACAAUAAUUAAUAUUUUAACAUGAAUAUUAUUUCUUUAGUAAAGAGCUGUGAUAACAGUUUGCAGUCAGCUGUGUGUGUGUUUAAGAUAUUUUCCGUUCCUCUUUUAAAUCAAGUGUAUGCUGCUCUUUCUGCUCUUCCUGCUCCUUCUACUCUUUCUGCUCUUCCUGCUGUUCCUGCUUCCUUCCUAACCCUAACCCUUGGAGGGUUUUCGAGCGUGAAUGGACUAUUUAAGGUUAUGCCACAGCGUCUCAAUCGGAUUUAAGUCUGGACUUUGACUUGGCCACUCCAAAACCUUAAUGUUGUUUUUCUUGAGCCAUUCAGAGGUGGACCUGCUGGUGUGUUUGGGAUCAUUGUCCUGCUGCAUAACCCAAGUGCACUUAAGCUCGAGGUCACAAACUGACGGCCGGACAUUCUCCUUCAGCAACCCCAGACCAUCACACUACAACCACCAUGUUUGGUAUGAUGAUCCUAUUAUGAAAUCCUGUGUUGGUUUUACUCCAGAUGUGACUGGACACACCUUCUAAAAAGUUCAACUUUUCUCUCUUCAGUCCACAGAAUAUUUGCCCAAAAUUCUUGGGGAUAAUCAAGAUAUUUUUUGGCAGAUGUGAGACAAGCCUUUGUGUUCUUUUUGGUAAGUUCUUUUUGGAACUCUUCCGUGGAUGCCCAGUCUCUUUCUUAUUGUUGAAUCAAUGAACACUGACCUUAAUUGAGGCAAGUGAGGCCUUCAGUUCUUUAGAUGUUGUUCUGGGUUCUUUUAUGACCUCCUGGAGGAGUCGUCAUUGCACUCUCAGGGUAAUUUUGGUAGGCUGGCCACUCCAGGGAAGGUUCACCACUGUUCCAAGUUUUCUCCAUUUGUGGAAAAUGGCUCUGACUGUGGUUCGCUGGAGUCCCAAAGCCUUAGAAAUGGCUUUAUAACCCUUUCCAGACUGAUACAUGUCAACUAUUUUGUUUCUCAAUUAAUUUUUCACGUAGGGCCAGGCAGGUUUGGACAGCUUUUUUCCCUUAAUAACUGAAACCAUCUUUUAAAAACUGCAUUUUUUGUAUUAUGUGUAAUAUUAAAAUUUGUUUGAUUAUCUGAAUUUUUUAAGUGUGACUUGCAAAAAAUAAAAAAACAGGAAGGGGGCAAAAACAUUUUGACAGCACUGUAUACGUGAUGUUUAUAUGGCACUGUGCAGAACCGCAGAAACUCAGGGUCUGAGAUGAAGAAACUUUAUUUUUAUUUAUAAUAUAAUCAGCUACUUGUUACUAAUAUAAUAUGUAAGGGAGGUUACAGUGACU